AGUCGUUUGUCGCGUCGUCCGUCUUGACUGUGGUGUGGUCCAGCUCGCCUGCAUUCCUCCUGUCUCUAAAGCCUGGCCGAUAGAGACAGAGAAAGAAAGAGGGGGGGAGAGAGAGAGAGAAAACACACAUUAUUAUUCACAACCGUGUUGGAUUUUUAUGAACCACAUCGGACUCACCGGGCCUCGAAAUACACCCUCGUCCCAGCUUCUCUCUCGGACCUACAAUACCGACAAAAAAAAAAAAAAGGCGUGUUUUUUCCUUUCCGUAAAGACGGGACUUUGCGUUGAUGUGUCUGUGUAGGUCAGCUAUCGAAGAGCAGCUUUGGUGAAACAGCCUUUUCCACGGCGGAUAUCUACCCUUUUUCUUUUCCCUUUUUUUAAAAAAAGAAAGAAUUUAAAAAAAAAAAUGAGGAUUUGCAAGAUGGCUGAUGACAGCUAGUCCUAACAAGGACAGAAAACGCGACGUCCCCUUUAAGACCAGGAGGGUAUAUUUUGUAUUUUAUACCAGUUAAUAUAUAUAUAUAUAUAUAUAUAUAUAAAUAAACAUGGCUGCUUUUAUAAAAUAAUGAGCACAGCUUAUAUCAGGAGCGAAGGUCGUUGCGGUGCAAAACAAACAAACAGGAGUUUACAUGUAGCUCAGCUAUGUUAGAAAAUGGUGAGGUGACGUCUGAGGUAAUUUAUUUAAUCGAGAUAAGGAAGUAGAUAAAUAUGCUGUUGGCUAAAGGCUGAGGAGAUGAACACGGUGGAGACCAAAGUUUAAAUAAAAAAAAUAAAUAAAUAAAUUAAAAAAAAAGAGAGAGAGAGAGGCCGCAGCUCGUAGUAGUAAUAAUAAAUAAUAAUAAUAGUAAUAAUAAUCUUGAAGUGAGGGGGUAUUUGAUAGAUGAGGGGGGAAAGCAAACGACUCUGCAACAGCAGCCAACAUUCCUGCGGAUCCUAAAGCCUCUUCUUUGUUUUGUGCGCAGGGAGCUGGACUCGACUAUUAAAAACGAUUAACUAUGCAGUAAACAGCCUCGAAAACGAUGGCCCGGGUAUUAUUUUCUGUUUUAAUGAGAUUAUAAAGGGUAUUUGUUGUCGACAGAAAAGUGGCGGAGGAGAGGAAGAGAGGGGGUUAAAAAAAAAAAAAAGGAGAAGGAGGAGGAGAAGAAGAAGAAGAAGAAACGCCGAGGCCUUGUGUACAGAUAUGCGAGCUGGUGCCACAUAGCAGGUUAUUCUUCAAAUUAGAAAUGUCGUUUUCUUUUAACGUGAUAGGUGCCCGCGUUGUUACAUCAUGACCAGUAAAAAAAAACUGCGUUUCUCGCCCGUCUCCGGCUUUUACGUGUGAUUAAAUCGCUGCUUGGUGGGGUUUAGUUAUUUAUGAUUCAGCGGACAAAAGCACUGCGCUGUGAUUAUUGAGCGAAUCAAGCGUCCUUGGCUCCUUGGUUAUAAAAACAGAUUCAGGUUUAAAUUAGAAGAAGAAGGAGGAAAAAAAAAAAAAAAGCUUGUGUGUUGUGUGUAUGUGUGUGUGAAGAGUAAUCAGGGUGUGGACUCCCAGCAGUCCUUUCUCAUGCCUUUCAUGCUUCGUUUGUUGGUCUGAAUUGGUCAAUCAUAAUCCGGCGUUUAAGUGAAGGCAGCUCUCAAGGUAAGGGGGCCUGGGCAGGCAGCAGAGAGGGAUCAAGUGUCUUUUUCUUUUUUUUUUCAUGUGCUGCACAGAGAUUGAUUCACCUCCUGGUCACAUUGGUAGAUAUUUUAAUUCUGUGUGCCUUGUUUGCGUUUACCUGUAGCAGACAGGCUUUUCUGUUUUUCUUUUUUUUCUUUCUCUUUGCUUCCUGCAGGCCUGUAAACACACACAGAAACCGUGGAGGCAGGCUCGGUGUGUGAUUUAGAGGAAAGGAAAGCACCGUUUACUGUAAUCUGCAUAACGUCAGCCCCCUGGUGCAUGUGGUGAAAUCACCCAAGGUGUUGUCAUCCUCGCCCUAUAGCGCUCUCCGGUCAGCUUUCUGGAACUUGCCUCCAUGCUGCUGCAGCUAUAAGCAAUACUCGUCAUCCGCCGGGGGUGAGACGCGCUCGCUGACGGAUCUUUUCGGGGACGAGUCCGUUUUUAUCUUUUUCUCAAGACCCGUUUUCGCGAGUGUCAGGUUUCCUGUGAGAGGCGCGCGGAGGCCUAGAGGUCCGGGAGAAGUGCUGUGUUGUGGGGUGGGAGGGGGGGGGGGGGGACAGUUAGUGUAUGCCUGCCUGCACCAUGAUGGCCUCUGACAUGGCUGAGACGUGGAGGAACUGUUUCGAAGAGGAGCUCAUCUGCCCCAUCUGCCUGCACGUGUUCUCAGACCCCAUCCAGCUGCCCUGCAAGCACAACUUCUGCCGGGGCUGCAUCAGCGAGGCCUGGGCCAAAGACUCCGCGCUGGCCCGCUGCCCCGAGUGCAAUCACGCUUACACGCAGAAGCCCAGCCUGGAGAAGAACCACAAACUGUCCAACAUAGUGGAGAAGUACAACGCCCUGAGCGUGGAGAAGGCCACCACGCCGGCGCUGCAGUGCAUCCUGUGCCGCCGGGGCCCGCCGCUGCCCGCGACGAAGGUCUGCCUGCGCUGCAACGCCCCGUGCUGCCAGUCCCACGUCCAGACGCACCUGCAGCAGCCGUGCUCGGCCCUGGGGCACCUGCUGGUGGAGGCGGAGGCGGUGAAGGCCUGGACCUGCCCGCAGCACGACGAGUACAGGCUGUACCACUGCGAGGCCGAGCAGACGGCGGUGUGCCAGUACUGCUGCUUCGCCCGGUGCCACCCCAGCCACGGCCACGCGGUCAGUGACGUGGAGCUGCGACGCAACGACAUAAGACAAAACCUGUUAAGGCAGCAGGAGCGCGUGGAGGAGCGAGUGCAGGAGAUCGAGGAGCAGCUCUGCAAACUGGACUCUGACAAGUGUGUGGUCGAGGACAGGGUGUGUGAGCUGAAGGAGGAGGUGCGCCUGCAGUACCAGCGGAUGCACCAGCUCCUGGAGGAGGAUCUCGGCCGGACGCUGGAGGCUCUGGACCGGGCCCAGGCCCGUUUCUGCCAGGAGAACGCCGCCCAGGUUUUGGUUCUGGGGGAGCAGCGCCACGAGGCCCAGAAGCUGCUGAGCUCCAUCCACACGGCCUUCGGUAAAGCGGAGGAACUGAGCUUCAUGAAAAACACCAAGCCGGUUAAGAUCCUCACAGACAGGUCUCAGGCAUGUGUGGGCAGCAGCCUCCCUCCUUACAAAGUUGGGAAUCUGAACUCUAAACUGUUCCUUUCCGAGAUAUCGAAACGGGAGAAGAGCUUGAAAAGAACGCUUGAAGUUCCCCUCACGCCUCCCUCGACCUUCCUGCAGUCCGUCCCCGCGUACCCCAGCGGCCAGAGCUCCGGCUCUGGAGCGGAGAAACGGAAACAUUCCACUGCCUUCCCAGAGGGAAACGGGAGCGCUGGAAAAAACGCCGCUCCGGGUUUCAAAGACUCGUCCUCCUCUUCCUCAUCUUCCUCCUCGUCGUUAGCCAAGCAGCCCUACCUGGGCUCCGGCUCCGGGUCCGGAGAGGGCCAGUCCACCAAUCAGCAGCCGCUCGGCCCGUGCGGCCCGCCUCACAUCAGCGAGGGCGGCGGGACGGGAAGCGGCAGCGGCUCGCUGGCCAACCACCACUCGGGCUCCGUGUUCGGCUCGUCGCACUUUCCGCCGGGGGGCAGCGGCUCGUCGCACUCCUCCCAGCAGGCCGUGCUCCCGCAGUACGGCGGCCGCAAGAUCCUGGUGUGCACGAUGGAUAACUGCUACUGCUCCGGGGUGCCCUCCGUGUCGGGCCACCGCAGCCACCCUCCGUACCCGCGCUCCGGCUCCUUCCCUUGGGUCAGCGCCCAAGACUACCCCCCUCCCCCCGGCCUGGCUUCCGGAGGCCCGUCCAUGCAGGGCUUGGCAGUGAGGGACUGGAUAGACGCCUCACAGACACACAGACAUGCAGAUUUCUACGGGCUGUACGGGCAGCCGUCGACAAAGCACUACGUCACCAGUUAACAUAGACACACACACACACACACUUGGAUAUAGAGACAGGCAUCCGAAUAGCACACCUUUUACUGUCGUAUUAACCGGAAAAAAAAAAAAAAACUCAACGCUAUACUAUACACACAUUAAAAUAAAUGUUUAUAUCCUCACACACACACACACACACAUGCACACACACUUCUAGAACGUGUACACACAUUCGGGGGCAGGGUUGAUCUCUUUGUUUUUUACUUUUCUUCCUUUAUUUUCGCUCAGUGUUUCAUGUAGUGUAUUAUACGUUUAAAAGGCAUACUGCUGCUCACUCUGGCACAACUCGGCAUUUCACACACGGGUGUCGAGAUGCAUCUUUUUAUUUAUAGAGUAGAAGACGACGGAUUGGUAGACAACGAACUCUUACUAGACAAACCUUCUUCCCGCCGAGGCUAAAGGGAAAUGAGUUAAUACCAGUGCAGUGUUGAGCUCUCCAGUUUUAAGCUCACGUCUCUCUGAUAUAAUCACUCUCCAGUUAUACUGAGGUCGAUUGCCUUAUGUUAUUAGAGUCAUACUUUUCUCCACGUAGCCGACUUUGUUUGAUAGGAUCCUUUUUAAAGAGGGGCCGAGUCCCCCCCCCCUCCCCUUCGUGUCGUUAAUUUCUACCGCCAUGGCACUUCUUCCUUUCUUUGCUGAGUUCAGGGAUGGAUCGUACAGCUUGAACACAAAACGCUCUUCCAUGGAACACCCACAAUGCACUUGUGGACGCCUUGCUAUGCCUGGACUACAGAUGCCGACCCACAGAGGGACAAUGGAGCCGCAGGGUCUGAAGGGCCAUUUAACCCUCUGUUUUUGUUUUGUUUUGUUUUUUUUUAAUUUGGCCCUUACUCCUGGCACUCCCUUCCUGCUGAAGGACAAAAAAAAAAAAAAAAUCCUGUUCUUACAAAGACUGUUUCCAUUUAGUGACGAGUUUGUGUUAUUUGGUUACAUCUACAGGUUUGUCUAAAGAGACUCCUUGAUUGUAGAGAAAGAGGCAAAGACGGGGACAGACCAAACCAAACCAAUCACGCAUCUGGACGAUCUGAUGAUGCUGUAAUUGUACUUCCUGCAGGGCAAAGAUGUCACUUCCUCUCAAUAAGCACACAAGCUCUUGGCUUCCUGUUUGCAGCUGAAAGCAUGCAAGGAAGAGUUUUUUUUUGUUUGUUUUUUGUUUUUUUAAAAAGCACUCAAAAGAAGAACAAUGGAGAAAUAAAACUGAUUUAAAAACGAGUGUCUGAAAGAAACGACAGGCGGGAGGGAAGUUUUUUUUUUUUUUCGUGGACUUUUUCUAAAAGACUGAAAUAGCGAGAUGUAAGCAAUGGUUCGUCAUCCUAAAAAGGAGCCGUGACUACGGCCGACGUAAAGAGGAAACAAAACAAACAAAAAAAACAUGAAAGUAUCUUUUUUUGUAAAUAUUUUGUGAAAUGGAAAAAUUACAGACGUGAUUUGGAGGAAGGUUCCAAAUAAACGAACAACUUUAAACCGG